AUGAUUCAUAAAUGGUUCUAUAAAUUUAUUAGACGAAGAACGAAACCAAUUCCGGCGGAUGAAGCUUUUUUAUGGAAGCGGCGCCUAAGUUUAGCGUAUGGAUUUAUUGCCUGGAAUGCAUUUGGUUUACUUGUUUAUUCAAUUUAUCAAGGAAAAGCGGAUUGGGCACACUAUUAUGGUCUCAAAUCAGAUGAAGAGCAAGCAAUACCUCCAGCACAAGCAUGGGCUAAGACAUUAGGCAUUAAAAAUGCUAAAGUCUACAGAAUAUCUGGGUUUAAAAAGGUGGACGAAUAUGAAAUAGUUGAUGGUGAACAAGUAAGACAUACCAAAAAGGAUACACAACCCACUGAAGAAUUAAAAGAAUGA